AUGGAAUUAGUAGAGAAGAAAUGUGGAUUGUUAUUUUUCAAGAUGCAACAGAGCAAAUCCUAUCAAGACAUCCAAACACAAUUUGAAAAUGGAGUCUCACCACAUGACCCGUCUUUUGUUGUGGUUAAUUUCCUUCAAGAUUUUCCCUACCAUCUCGAUGCUUUGCUGCAGCUGUAUCAUUUUUUUUUAACAAAUCACGAACUGGUCAAAGCAAACGAAAUUAUUGAGAGAUCUCUGUGUGUCUGUGAGUACAUCCUUCAUCCACUGUUCAGUUUCUCUCAAGGGAAUUGUAGACUCGAUUACGAAAUAAAAGAAAACAGAGCUUUUUACUUGGUGCUCAUGAAACGAGCUGUCCUGCUGCACAAGAGAGGCUGCUACAGAACAUCACUUGAGUUAAUUAAACUCAUUUUCAGUUUAUCACCGGAAUCAGAUCCGUUGGCACUGUUGCUGUGCAUUGAUGUUUAUGCUUUGAAAGCUGCCAACUAUUCUUUUCUUCUGCAAUUUGCGAACAAGUGGAAGGAAGAUAAAAAUCUUUUCCACCUGCCGAAUUUCGCUUUUUCGGUUGCAUUGGCUUUAUUCCAUUCAUCCAAGACUAAUGAAAGUUUGUCAAUAAAAGCCGAUAAUCAGGUAGUGGAUUGA